CUUGGGAAGAAGUCCGCCCGAGGCGCCCCAAGUGCCCCAGGGCAAAGAGACAACGCCAGGUUUAGGGAGCCUGCCAGAUUCAGCUGUUUCCUGAAACGCUCGGGGAGGGUUUCACAGAUUCUGACCAUCUCUCCUUACGGUGCGAUUUGGAAUGGACUUCAAGCCCAGCAUCCUGGAUACAAGGAUGAAGUGACUUGACAGCUUUAAAGCAAGCAAACUGACUGUGGCAUCAGAUUCCUGACCGUCGAAAGGUAGGGAGGACUACCGAAGCCACAAAUGGCUGAAAGAACUAUAUGCACUGACGCAUCCUCAGGAAACCCCAAGAUGGCUGCCAAGCGCAAAGGUGGCCUGAAGCUCAACGCAAUCUGUGCCAAGCUCAGCCGCCAGGUAGUCGUUGACCAUAAGGGGCCCGAGCAGGUACAUGCCGACAAGACUCUCCUGGGCCGGGAGUGCACCAGCGCCACCGCCGCCACCGCCAAGGAUGUCACCCAACCUGCGGCGAAGGAGCUGCGGGCCGACUUUCCCGAGGGGGUGGGCCGCGUGAAGAAGAUUGAGGAGGACAAGCGAAGGGAAGUGAUUGAAAAGUGGGUCAACGGCGAGUAUAGCGAGGACUCCUUGCUGGGGCGCAUUGAGAGCAAAGCACUGAAGGGCUCCGAAGGCGCAGAAGUGCCCCCCGAGGGCGUCUACAUGGUGCAGCCCAAGGGUUGCAGCGACGAAGAGGACAAUGGGGACGAAGCUGAGCCGCAGAGGGGCUCCCAAGAUGGCAGCUUCUUGGACGAUCGGGAUUCGGAUGGGCCUCCUUCGAAGGAUGAAGCCUUCCGGGCCCCCAACAGCGAAGCGGGUCCAAAGCUGGUUGGAGCAGCUACCUCAGGGGAAGCCUCGUCUCUGCGGGACUACGCCGCUACCACCAUGAAUGAAUUUCUGGGCAUGUUUGGCUACGAUGACCAGAACAUGCGGGACGAGCUGGCUCGCAAGAUUAGCUUUGAAAAGCUGAACGCUGCUACCUCAGACACCACCGCAGCCGUCGCCGCUGUCGCCUCCUCCCUCGCCGGCGAGGACGCUGUGGCCAAGAGAGCCCGCUUUUCCAAGUACGAGGAGUAUAUCCGCAAGUUGAAGGCUGGAGAGCAAGUGCCCUGGCCCAUCCACCCAGCCAAGGCCGAAGAGCUGACCAGCAAACUAAGCAAGGAAUCGCCCAUGGGCUUGGCGCAGCCCGUCCGGUUGCCAGCGCCCGACAUCUCACUCCUGCCGGAGACAAAAGCCACCAUCUUGCCUCUGCCCUCCCCCAGUAGCUCCCAGAUGCAAGGGCUGAUGUCGAGGGCCUCCAAGUAUGACUUCUUCAUCCAAAAGCUGAAGACGGGUGAGAGCCUCCGGCCGCAGAAUGGCAACACCUACAAGAAGACCUCCAAGUAUGACCUGGAGAACGUCAAGUACUUGCACCUCUUCAAGCCCGGCGAAGGCAGCCCAGACAUGGGAGGUGCCAUUGCCUUCAAGACGGGGAAGGUGGGGCGCCCCUCCAAGUACGACAUCCGGAACAUCCAAAAGCUCACUCCGGUCAAAGCUCCAGCCCCCAGCUUGAUUCCCACUCCCAUUCCCAGCACCCCCAGCAGUGCUCCGGUGGCCGGACCCGAACAGCCCGUCUCGUUGCCCUUCAACACCCCAGAGUACCUGAAAUCCACUUUUUCCAAGACGGAUUCCAUCACAACUGGAACGGUUUCCACCGUUAAGAACGGAUUAACCACUGAGAAACCAGCUGUCACCGAAGAUGUAAAUAUUUACCAGAAAUAUAUUGCCAGGUUUUCUGGAAGCCAGCAUUGCGGACACAUUCACUGUGCAUACCAAUACCGGGAACAUUACCACUGCCUUGAUCCGGAGUGUAAUUACCAGAGAUUCACAAGUAAGCAAGACGUGAUCCGGCAUUACAACAUGCACAAGAAGCGGGACAAUUCCCUUCAGCAUGGCUUCAUGCGCUUCAGCCCCCUGGACGACUGCAGCGUUUACUAUCAUGGGUGCCACCUGAACGGGAAAAGCACACACUACCACUGCAUGCAGGUGGGCUGCAACAAAGUCUAUACCAGCACCUCCGAUGUCAUGACCCAUGAAAACUUCCACAAGAAAAACACGCAGCUCAUUAAUGACGGGUUCCAGCGGUUCCGGGCCACCGAAGACUGUGGGACUGUGGAUUGCCAGUUUUAUGGGCAGAAGACCACCCACUUCCAUUGCAGGCGGCCUGGUUGCACGUUCACUUUCAAGAACAAGUGCGACAUCGAGAAGCACAAGAGCUACCACAUCAAGGAUGACGCCUAUGCCAAGGACGGCUUCAAGAAGUUCUACAAGUACGAGGAGUGCAAAUACGAGGGCUGCGUCUACAGCAAAGCCACCAACCACUUCCAUUGCAUCCGGCCCGGCUGCGGCUUCACCUUCACCUCCACCAGCCAGAUGACCUCCCACAAGCGCAAACACGAACGCCGACACAUCCGCAGCUCUGGUGUCCUGGGGCUGCCCGCCUCCCUCCUGGGAGCCAAGGAGAAUGACCAGGAGGAAUCCAGCAACGACGACCUCAUUGACUUCUCCGCUAUGAGCUCAAAGAACUCCAGCCUGAGUGCCUCCCCUACUAGUCAGCAGUCUUCCGUCUCCUUGAUCGUCCCCGGCACGCCCUCUUCUGCGGCUGAACUCGCCACCGCGCAGACCUCCAACAAAACCAUCAACAGCAUGCCCUCGGCUUCAAAGAUCCCCGGCCUGCUCUCCCAAGCCCUUCCGAGCAAUAUCCCCUUGGCCCUAGCCCUUUCCAACGCGGCCCUCCCCGGAACGGCGGGUUCCUACUUUCCCAUCCUCCCUGGCCGGGUCUCCACUCCGCUACCCACCACCUCCACUGGCUUAAUAGCCGCCGGCUCUUCUAGCACCAACCCAGUUUCCUCUGCCAAUUCCCCUUCCCAGGCCAUCUCAGGUUCUGGCGAGGCAGGGGCCACCUCUUCGCCGACUCCAGCGGCCUCCAUAAUGGAAAGGAUCUCUGCCAGCAAAGGCUUGAUUUCACCCAUGAUGGCCAGGUUGGCGGCGGCAGCGCUGAAGCCCUCGGUGGCUGUGGAGGCAGGGAAUGGGCAGCCAACUCCUGGACGGUUUAACCCAGCUCCGAUUAAACAGGAGGCAGCGGAGAAUCCUGGCCCAGAGUCCCUGCAGGAACACAGCCUGGACCUGAGUGUGAAGGAGCAUGGUAAUGAAUCAAAUGGCCACACAGUCUCGGCAAAUACAUCUCUUUUAUCCUCGCUUAUGAAUAAGAUGUCUCAGAGCAAUCCCAACCUAGGCAACCUUCUUGCCUUGAAGGUAGAGGCAGAUGGCAGCCAGGCAGGGGCCGGAGGAGGAGAUGCGACGCAGUACCUGGGCAAAACCGUGAAGGCUCUCGUCCAAGAGAAACUCUCUGAGCCCUGGAAGAUGUACUUGCGCAGGUUUGGUACCAAGGACUUCUGUGACGCCCAGUGUGACUUCCUCCAUAAAGUGCAUUUCCAUUGCGUAGUGGAGGAAUGUGGAGCCCUCUUCAGCACCUUGGAUGGAGCCAUCAAGCACGCCAAUUUCCACUUCCGCACCGACGGUGGUGCCGUGAAAGGGAACUCCGAACUCUCUUUCCCAACCGCCGCGGAGACCAAGACUUCCUUAGCCCCUUCAUCUCCACCCACGUCUUCUGCUGCUGCUGCCACCCUGGUGAAUGCCCCUGGCCCGGAUCUGCUCACUCCAAAUCCGGUGACUGUCCCCUCGGCGCCCACGCUCCUUGCCUGGAAACAACUGGCUUCCACCAUGUCUCAGCUCCCUGCCUCAGUGCCUAACCUGGCCACGUCCCCCUUGGCAACUACAUCCCUGGAGAACGCCAAGCCUCAGGUCAAACCCGGGUUUCUCCAGUUCCAGGAGAACGAUCCCUGUCUGGCAACAGAUUGCAAGUAUGCCAACAAGUUCCACUUCCACUGUCUCUUUGGGAACUGCAAGUAUGUGUGCAAAACCUCUGGGAAAGCAGAGUCCCACUGCCUCGACCACAUCAACCCCAACAACAACCUGAUGAAUGUCCGAGACCAGUUUGCGUAUUACUCCCUGCAGUGUCUUUGUCCAAACCAGCACUGUGAGUUCCGCAUGCGAGGGCAUUACCACUGCCUUCGUCCUGGCUGCUUUUUUGUGACCAACAUCACCACCAAGCUCCCCUGGCAUGUGAAGAAGCAUGAGAAGGCAGAGAGGAGGGCAGCCAACGGCUUUAAGUACUUCACCAAGCGGGAAGAGUGCGGCAGGCUAGGUUGCAAGUACAACCAAGUCAACAGCCAUUUCCAUUGCAUCCGGGAGGGCUGCCAGUUCUCCUUCCUGCUGAAGCACCAGAUGACGUCCCACGCCCGGAAACACAUGCGCAGGAUGCUGGGGAAAAACUUUGACCGGGUUCCCACUCAGGUUAUAGGCCACGGUCCAAGGACUGAAAACCUCCCACAAGUCAGCAGCCUGGCACCCAGCCCAGCCUCCUCAGGGACUCCUGCUUCCUUCCAGGGCCCCCAGAGCCUGAUGGAUACUGAGACAGAUGAGUAUAUGGACUAUACGGGCUGCAGCCCUGGCGGCAUCUCCUCCGAGUCCUCCAACAUGGACCGCAGCUGCUCCAGUACGCCAGUGGGCAACGAAAGCACUUCCGCAGGCUGCCUGGCUGCUGCUCCUCCUCCUCCUCUUCCUUCUGCUGCCGCUGCUGGUGAUGACGUUGCCCACAGUGCGCCACAACCGCCACCUCUGCCUCCAUCUUUCUCACAAGCCCUGCUCCGUGCUCCCCUUCCUUCCCUCCCGUACCUCUUCUCUCCAUCUUGUGUCUCAUACUCUCUGCUAAGUGCCACUCUGGGAUCCAGCAGGGGCAUUGUCUUGCCCACAGCCAGCUCGACUGGGUUCUCACCCAUCAUUGCCACUCCAACUCCAGUCAAAAGCGAUGUCCCUCUAGUUCAGGAUGCGGCAGGGAACACCAUCACCAUGCCGACAGCUGCAGGAGCAAAGAAGCGCUUCUGGAUCAUCGAGGACAUGUCCCCCUUCGGCAAGCGACGCAAAACAGCAUCCUCCCGCAAGAUGUUGGACGAAGGGAUGAUGCUGGAGGGCUUUCGACGGUAUGACCUCUACGAGGACUGCAAGGACCCCAGCUGCCAGUUCUCCCUAAAGGUCACCCACUACCACUGCACCCGGGAGAACUGCGGCUACAAGUUCUGCGGCCGCACCCACAUGUACAAGCACGCCCAGCACCACGACCGGGUCGACAACCUGGUCCUGGAUGACUUCAAGCGCUUCAAGUCCUCCCUUAGCUGCAACUUCCCCGACUGCCAGUUCUCAGGCAACAGCACCCACUUCCAUUGCCUGCGCUGCGGCUUCCGCUGCACCGACAGCACCAAGGUGACGGCCCACCGCAAACACCACGGCAAGCAGGACGUCAUCAGCGCCGCUGGUUUCUGCCAGUUCAGCUCCAGCGUGGACUGCGAAGUGCCCGACUGCAAGUACAAGCUCAAGUGCUCCCACUUCCACUGCACCUACCCGGGCUGCAAGCACACAGUGGUGGGCAUGUCCCAAAUGGACUCGCACAAGCGCAAGCACGAGAAGCAGGAGCGUGGAGAGCUGCCGGCCAUCUCUCCGGGCCCCGAGGGCCUCCCCCACUCCACACUGGAGUAUGAGGCGGCACAGAAUGCCUCCGUCAACCUGGACAGCUCUCUCAACCUCAGCACCGACGCAAACAGCUCCCUCUUCUUUCUGCAGAACGCUGCCGGGGUGGGACUCAAUGACUCCUUGGACCUCAGUCAGAAGCAGCCGGAGGCAGCGGGUGGCACUGUGUCCCCCGCCAGAGAAGGGGCAGCCCCUUCGGAGAGCGAGCGGCUACCGGCCAGCUGUGGCAACAUGGAGGAUGAGGAAGACUCCUCUCAUGACGAGGAUGACGAGGAGGAGGAAAUGAACGAGGAAGAUGAGGAGGAAGAUGACGACGACGACGAUGAUGACGAGGAGGAAGAGGAAGAGGAGGAUCUGAACACAGAUUCUGAAGAGUCGCUUCCUGAUGCAGAAGGCCUGCCUACUAAAGACAUGAGGGAACUGGGGGAGAUGGGCUCCCCUUCUGCAGACCACUGCGAUGCUUCCAGGCCUCCCGGCGAGCAAGGCCCAGGCGCUGUCCCCCAGGAGGCCUCCCCUUAACCGACAGACAGCAGCAGCAGCAGCAGGGUUUUCGUCUUUUUUAAAAACAAAAACAAAUUGACAAUAAACUGAGUUACUGAGAGGACCCCCAUUGCGGGAAGCAAGAACAAAUGCUAGGAACGGCAAGUGGCAAAACAAAACCUGUCCAACUCCAGCCCAGAAAGUGCACAAGGUAAAAGAGGAAAGACGCAAGUCCUUGGACCAUGCAAAAAAGGAAAGAUCCGAGAGAGAGCCUGGUGCCACGAGGAGAGGGAGCGGGGCAGAGGGACCCGUCUGUUGGGACGCACAUGUUUACAGGGUGGCAGAUGGGUCGGGCCUUGGAGAAGCCACUCUUCUCCUCCUGGCGGGAUGUGCUCACCACAAGGGCAACCGUUCCCCCUCCGCCUUCCCGAACCUCUUCAUCCGGGGGUUGGGGGGAGUGGAGUUUGGGUUUUCUUUCCCCCCUUCUCUUUUAUUUCCUUGUUUUCAUUUGUCCUUUUAACACUCCUCCCAUUCUCAGGGAGAGGGGGCAGCUAGUAUCCAAUGGUGAAUUAUUAGGGAUGAUCACAAUGCUGACGACAAAUACAUCCAUACAUGUGCAUGUAUGUACGUAUUUGCAAACAAGGAUUUGAUUCCUUUAACCCACAAGCUAAGUCCUUUGCCAUCUGGGGGGAACGGGGUCAGGGAUCGGGUGUCAGUAUCACUCAUACUUCUAGGUUUGUUUGGCUUUUCCCCCCCCUUCCUUUCUCUUCUAUCAAAUGAACAGGAGGAAUGGGGGUCUCAGGCAGCUUGGGAUGGUUGGGGAAGGGGUAUUUAUUGUCAGUUUUCGAGGGAGUUGUUUUUGUAAAAUGGGGGGAAAAAUACAGAAGCAUUAAUGAAUUGAACAGGGCUGGGAAGGGGAACAGUUGUGGUUUUUUUCCUGAUCUUCCAGGUCCUCUUUGUUAUUAAAUAAUGGUAAUAAUAAUAAUAAUAAUAAUAAUAAUCUUUUUUUUAAAGAAGAAAAAGAACUUAUUUAUAUUGCAAUGCUCCCGCCUGUAAGGGCUCUGAGUAGCGGACUGUGGUUACAAGGGCGCAUGGGGUGGCAGGGAAAAGAUCCCCCAGUUGUGGAAGAGAGAGACUUGGGUCUAACCCACUUCACCCCAGACACAGAAAAGCCCCGGCCCCAGAGCAAUGCCUGAUGGAGGAGAGAGAUACAGACGCUCAGGAUGUCCUCCGCCUCUUGCUGCUAUUGAAAGGGGAAGACAACCAGAGGCGGGACCCCAUAGCAAGGCAUAGUAGCACUUGGGAGCAGCUUCGCAAGGGACAGCGAGGAAGCAGUUGUAGCCUUCGGUCCCAUUCUCUUCCUCCGUUUGCAGCCUUGGCCUGUUUUUAGGAAAGCAGGAUUUUAGGAAGGCUGAAGUCAGAGUGUGAAGUGGCAAGGUUGCUAUACUUCCACUGGAUGUUCUGGGGUCUCUUAGCUAAGAAUUUUGGAUGGGGAGUGCCAUGAGAGAGCUGUUAUCCCAGCUUAAGACCCGUUUGGGUAUCCUCAGUCAAAGCAGCUGCAAAGCAGACCCUUCCACAGUACAAUUGGAUGAGAAGUUCAGGCACAUCUCAAACAGGGGGACUUGGGAGAUCCUCAGUGGAGGGAACCAAAGCUGGGUUCCGCUUUAUGGAAACCGACCUCCCCCCAGUUCCCCAAUCCUUUGCUUCCAGUAUUUGGUGGUAUUACUUUAGAAAUGUUAACGUGUAACAAAAGCCACCGCUGAAAACUAAGCCCCUGACUCCCAUGUCCUGUGGACAGUGGAUAGAGCUUUAUUUGUGUUCCUUUUAAACAUUUUCCUCCCAAAUGGUCACAGACAAGGAAUCUGACAGAUCAAAUAUGGACGAGACGGGAUUCAGCAGCAAGGGAUUUAUUUUAAGGCUAGAGAAAAGGAAAAGCAACGGCAAAGGAAAUGUCCAGGAGAAAAACAAAAUAGGUGUCUUGUAUCCUCACCUUGUAAAGGGUACUGUUAAGAGAGAUGUACAGAGAUAUAUACAGCACAGAGAGAAGAGAGCCAUACCAUGAAUGGAUACUCUGUGAGUAUCCAGAGAGCAAGGCUGCCCUCAGAAACAGGCCCUUCAAUUUCCGGCUCAGUUACUGGCACAGAGUAUUUCCUAAGCAGCAAAAAAGCUAGAGAAAAGAGACUUCGUUUUAGCAACUCUCAAUAUUAACCCACCCCAAAAUUGUGAAUGAGUUUGACUUCCAAUCAGGCAGGAAAAAGAUCCCAGAAACAAAAAUAGAUGCAUAUAUGCCCACUGGAUAUGUGUUUGUAGACUCGCAUUUCUCCGGCUUCUUCCAUAGGUGACUUCAGAGACAUAGCCGUUUAAGUCCGGAAUAUCAGUACGCAAAGGGACCUUGUGGCACCUUUGAGACUAACUGAGCAAAGGGAGUUGUAGUAUAAGCUUUUGAAGACUUGGUCUACAACUCUGCAAGAGAAAGAGACAGUAAUAUGGGUAUUUUAGCAGAUAAAUUUGGGGUCCCUGUAACACCAGAUUUACUUUGGAAGCAUCCAGUGACCCCCAUUUCUUGUACGUCUUGACUUUUGGCGAUAGAAGCUCCCAGCUAGAUCUAUCUUGGCCCACUUGCUACUAAAGGACAUGAAGUUAAACAGGCAUAGUUUCAACCUCUGGACUUCCAGGUAUUUUGGACUUCAGCUCUGGGAUUUUGGGAGCCAAAGUCCAAAACAGCCAGAGUUUGGGAAUCCCUGGUUGAAACUAAGCACUGUUGGUUUCCAAGACUCCUUGCUUACGGUCCCUGUUUUUUCCAUCCCUUUGUCCUUCGGCUCCAGUUAAAACUUCAUUCACCUAAAUAGCUCCUGGCAAAUCCUCCUUUCCUUUUCCGCCCUUUCACUGCAUUCGAUUUCUUUUCGAUGUACAAAAAAGUCACGAAACAGGGACUUUUCUCCAAAUGCAAAAGGAAUGUUAAAUCCACAGCAACCCGACACAUAAUUCUGAUUUGGAAGCACUUAAUGGUUUUUGGGGGGGUUUAGAGAGAGUGGUUUUAGAAGAGGCUUAAAAGAGUUCAGAGCAAGACGAAAUGCCAUGAUGGACAUAUGAAUUUUACAGAUAGCCACCAGUUUUGUUCUUAAAGGAGGCAUUUAAGGAAAUACGCUCAGUUUUAAUUCUUCAAGCAAUAUGCCACACGGUCCUUACCUGGCGUUGCGUCUGCUCUUUUUGGUCACAAAAGGGACCUUUGGGCAUGUCAGAAUUCAGUGUUGCUGAAAGUCUAGGUAAACAGAUCCUCUGAGUAAGAGUGGAGGAACUAUCCCAAUGUCCAGAGUAGCUGUGGGUGCCUUGGCACAUGGAUUGGGAUAGAUCCCAAGGAAACUCAAGAUAGAUCCCCAUCUAUCCCAUGGAUAGAUCCCAAGGAAAUCCAGGACCAGGGACACUUCGCAGAGGCUGCAAAGUGGGAGCGAUGGCGAGGGGGUCGGAAAACGGCACACGGCUUUGGCACCUUUCAAAACGCUGGUCCGGUCCGAAGCCUGCCUCUUAAGGGACAUCUAUCUCAACUUUAAAGCCGUGUCUUUAAAAAAUCACAAUCGAUCGGCAUGGCUGCCGUCGGAAAACGCAACGCAGAGAUACGCGGGCGGGAAGACAUUUUCAAACCAAGGUUAGCCAAAUCCAAACAUUGAACAACAGCUUCACGAUCCAAAAGCAGGUUUUUUAAAGUUUGAUCCACCAAAAAUUUUAAAUAUCUAUAUAUAAAGUCCAUGUGUAUUAAAAGCGUAUUUCAAAGUAGCAGAAAACCCCACGGAACAUAAAAAGCAUUUUUUAAAUGACCCUAGAUCUUAAAAAGGAAAACAGACACAGAGAGAGAGAGAGAGAGAGAGGACUUGCGAGGGAGGACCCUAGCCUUUGGUAAAAUCCAUAUUGCACACUAGGACUAUAAGCCAUUGCUAGCUCAUUUUUGGGUUUUAAAACGUGUACUUUUUCCUUUUGUUGUCGUUUCUAAAUACGUUUUUCUCUUUCUUUCCGUUUUUUUUUUUUGGGGGGGG